AUGUCAAAACAUCAAGAUGAUUCAAUUGAAACUAUUCAUCACAACGAGGUUGCUGACGACGAACAACUUAUGGAAGAACAUAUUUUGUCACAAAGGAUGAGUCAAUUAUCUACAACCGCGACAAAUGAAACGGAAUUUAUUGUCAAAGAUAUCCAAAAUAUAAUAGAGAAAAUUCCAAAUUAUUUAACGAAACAGAAUAAAUCAUUUGAACAAUUAUUAGAUCAAGCGUUAUCAACGCUGACAUUAGAAAAAUUGAAUUUUAAAAGAGAUGAAUUACGAAAAAUUGCCAUUCUAAUCUAUAAAACAAUAUUCAUUCAAAUAUAUCUACGUUUACGGACAGUUUAUUUAAAAUCAGGUAUGGGGCAAUUAAUUAAACAAUCUUCUCAACAACCGCUGAUUUAUCCAACUGAUUUACGAAUUUGGCCAAAAGAAAUUAAAACCAUUGUAAAAUCAAGCAAGACGAAUAAGACGAAUGAAAACGAUACUUGCAUGUGUUUUGUCAAGGACUAUAUACAUGAACUUAGUAAACAAUUAAAACAAUAUCAAAUUGAGUUAAAUAUCAAUACAAACAACUGCAAAUGUUAUACACCAGUAUUAAGAGAAAUAUUGGAAAAAUAUAUUACAGAAAAUCUAUCUUCUUUAAAUUUGGAAAUUGAUCAUAAAAUAGAAAUUCUUCGGUAUGAUUAUCAAGUUCAAGCAUUGAAAAUAGAAUAUCUGCGCCAAAAACCAACUGCGACUCAAGAAUUAAAAAUGAAACAACUUUGUCAUGAUAAGUAUGAAGAAGAAACCGCACAACAGGUAUUUGAUUUUCUGCGAAAACAAAUGGAUUAUUAUAAUUCACCCAGUCAAGGUUUUAAAUAUUCACAUAUAGCUGAGUCAACAUUAAUUAAUUCUAUUGAAAAUCCAACGAUUAGAAAACAAAUAUUCGAUCAAUAUAAAGAAAUCGCCGAGCAAGCCAGAGGGCAAUUGUUCGCUUUGUACUUGAAAACUGCUGAAGAACAAAAAGACGAAUUUAAAAGAAAAUAUAAUGCUGAUAUCAAGAAACUCUGGUCUGAUCAACGUGGCCCUGUUAAGAAUGAAAAGCUGUCUUCAAUAAUGUUGAAUCUUCUCAAUGAACGUUGUAAUAAAAUUAGCGAACGAAUUAAAUCCAUAUAUAAAUUUAAAAUUCAAUCGAUUCCUGCAACAUAG